ACGGCGAUACUUGUAUAGAAGUAUAUUUGCACGUGUAAUGGGAAAAGGCUAUGUAACUUUUCCAACAGAUUGCAUCGUAAAUUAGAAAUUAUUUAAUAAAUCAUAGUAAAGUAAAAUGGAGCGAAAAGGAACAUUUAAAGUUAGAACUUUGAAGGAAAUUGAGCAACAAGUUCAACAACUCUGGUCAAAAGAGCAUAUAUUUGAAGAAGAUGCUCCUUCACCUACCAUAGAUACAUUACCUGAAAAGUAUUUUGUCAACUUUCCAUAUCCAUAUAUGAAUGGUCGCCUUCAUCUUGGCCAUACAUUUUCCCUCUCAAAGUGUGAAUUUGCUGUUGGGUAUCAACGUCUGAAGGGUAAGAGAUGUUUGUUCCCCUUUGGCUUUCAUUGUACUGGAAUGCCUAUAAAGGCAUGUGCUGAUAAACUGAAACGUGAAAUGGAAGAUUUUGGGUGUCCACCUUUUCCAGAUUAUGAGAUGGAUAACAACCACCAAGCUAAUAUUAAGCCAAGCCCCACAGAAACUCUGUUAGUUGACAAGGCUAAAGGGAAAAAAAGCAAGGCUACUGCUAAAACUGGAGCAGCACACUAUCAGUGGCAGAUCAUGCAAUCUUUGGGAUUAAGUGAUGAAGAGAUUGUUCGUUUUGCUGAUUCAGAUCAUUGGCUGAAAUACUUUCCACCUCUUGCUAUAGAAGAUUUAAAGAGAAUGGGACUCAAGGUUGACUGGAGACGUAGUUUUAUCACUACAGAUGUGAAUUCAUACUAUGACUCGUUUGUGUGUUGGCAGUUUCUUCAUCUGAAAAAAAGGAAUAAGAUACAGUUUGGUAAAAGGUACACUAUCUUUUCUCCAAAAGAUAACCAACCAUGCAUGGACCAUGAUAGAAGUUCUGGUGAGGGAGUUGGACCCCAAGAAUAUACUUUAAUCAAAAUGAGAGCUCUUGAACCAUUUCCUGAAAAACUAAGAGGGCUGACAGGAAGGGUGGUAUACUUAGUGGCAGCGACACUGAGACCGGAGACAAUGUAUGGACAGACAAACUGUUGGGUACGACCUGACAUGAAAUAUAUUGCCUUUACCAUGGCUAAUGGUGAAGUGUUUGUGUGUACCAGGCGUGCUGCUUUAAAUAUGAGCUAUCAAGGUUAUACUUCUCACAAUGGACAAAUUGAUGUUGUUUUGGAGCUUGAAGGAAAGGAUAUUCUUGGAUUAGCCCUGCAUGUCCCAUUAACAUCUUAUAAACAGAUCUACACACUUCCUAUGCUGACCAUCAAAGAAGAAAAGGGUACUGGUAUAGUGACAAGUGUUCCUUCUGAUGCUCCUGAUGACUUUGCUGCACUGAGAGAUCUGAAAAACAAACAAGCUCUGCGAGAAAAAUUUGGAAUUAAAGAUGACAUGGUUCUUCCCUAUGAUCCAGUACCUAUCAUUGAAGUUCCAGGUUUUGGCAAUCUAUGUGCUGUGACUGUCUGUGAACAACUGAAGAUUCAAAGUCAAAAUGAUAGAGAAAAACUGAAUGAAGCCAAAGAAAAAGUUUAUCUAAAAGGAUUUUAUGAGGGAGUAUUACAAGUUGGUGCAUAUAAAGGAAAGAAAAUACAAGAUGUUAAGAAAUUAAUCCAAAAGGACAUGAUAGAGAAGGGUGAAGCUAUCCUGUACAUGGAACCUGAACGUCAAAUCAUAUCUCGAUCAGGCGAUGAAUGUGUUGUAGCCCUUUGUGACCAAUGGUACUUGGAUUAUGGAGAAGACAAUUGGAAAAAUCAGGCUAAGUUAGCUUUGGAAAGACUUGAAACAUACUCAGAUGAAGUCCGCAAAAACUUCCAGGCAACUUUAGACUGGUUACAUGAACAUGCAUGCUCACGAACAUAUGGAUUAGGGACUAAGCUUCCAUGGGACAAACAAUGGUUAAUUGAAUCACUCUCUGAUUCUACCAUUUAUAUGGCCUACUACUGUGUUGCACAUUUGUUACAUGGUGGAAGUUUAAGUGGUUCAGAUCCACCACCACAAGGCAUUAGAGGUGAAGACAUGACACCAGAAGUUUGGGACUACAUAUUUUUUAAGGAUGCACCCAAGCCAUCUUGUAAGAUUUCUGGGGAAGUUCUGAACAAAAUGAGACAAGAAUUCCAGUUCUGGUACCCAGUGGAUUUACGGUGCUCAGGAAAGGACCUGGUUCCAAAUCAUCUAACAUAUUUUCUGUACAAUCACUGUGCCAUAUGGCCAGCAGAGCCAGACAAGUGGCCAAAAGGUGUGAGAGCUAAUGGACAUCUUUUGCUUAAUUCAGAAAAAAUGUCCAAGUCCACAGGAAACUUUCUGACCCUAUCUGAUGCUGUGGACAAAUUUUCUGCAGAUGGAAUGAGGCUUGCUUUGGCUGAUGCAGGAGAUGGUAUAGAAGAUGCAAACUUUGUGGAAACUAUGGCUGAUGCAGGAAUUUUGAGACUAUACACUUUUUUGGAAUGGGUAAAAGAAAUGCUGGCAUACAGAAAAUCUCUCCGGAAAGGUCCUGUAAACAGUUUCAAUGAUAAAGUUUUUCAGAGUGAAAUUAAUCAAGGAAUUAUUCUAACUGAACAAAAUUACAUUCGAAUGAUGUAUAAAGAAGCUCUACGAACGGGUUUCUUUGAGUUCCAAGCAGCAAGAGACAAAUACCGUGAAUUGACUAUCAAUGAAGGCAUGCACCAUGAUUUGGUAUUUCAGUUCAUUGAAAUUCAAGUCUCGAUUUUGUGCCCUAUCUGCCCUCAUAUCUGUGAAUAUAUCUGGAAAUUGCUUGGUAAGGGAGAAAGUAUUAUGAGGGCUAGCUGGCCAGUUCCUGGGUCAAUAGAUGCAAUUCUGCUAAAAUCAUCACAAUAUUUGAUGGAUGCAGCACAUGAGUUUCGUCUUCGUUUAAAAGCUUUUGCUCAAGCAAGUUUGAAAACAAAGAAAGGAAAUAAACCAACAUCCACAGCACCACAAAUUCCUACUCAUGGCACCAUCUGGGUUGCGAAAACCUUUCCACCUUGGCAAUCAGCUGUACUAAACACAAUGCAUGAGCUAAAUAAGCAACAUGGCAGUUUACCUGAGAACAAGGUUAUAGCAUCAGAGUUAAAAAAUCUACCAGAGCUGAAGAAACACAUGAAGAAAGUGAUGCCAUUUGUACAAGCAACAAGGGAGAAAAUGGCAAAGCAUGGGGAUAAAGCUUUGAGCCUGACUUUAGAUUUUGAUGAAGUGCAUGUUCUAACACAGAAUCUUACAUAUCUCACAAACACACUAGAGCUGGAAUCUCUGAAGAUAAAAUAUACUUCUGAAGCUGCAGAAGAAAAGAUUCAAGAAGAAUGCUGUCCUGGACAACCCUAUAUAAUUUAUAGUUCAGAGCCUUCUGUGAUGGUCACUUUUAUCAAUCCCCAACCCUUCAGCAGUUUUUUUGAAGUUCGCUUGCCUGUAUAUGAAGGUGACACCAUUUUGAACAUUGCUACAAGAAUGUGUAAGAGAGAAAGGGAAAUUAAAGACCCCCAUCAAGUGAAAUUCAUGCGUUAUGAGAGUAUCAGUCUUGGUCCACGUACUAUUCCUGUUUUAAGUAGACCAAAUGAGGGAAAAAUUGAAGUGUCAUCAUCAGCAACCUUUCAUCUUGAAGAUGAUAGUAGAGCUGUUCAACUUAAAGAAAAUGGAAAAAUGUUAGAAGUUGGUCAGCAAAUGGUGUACUGUGUAUCUUGAUUCUUGAGAAAGUUAAAAGGGAAUUGUAUUCACAAUAAAUUAAACUGAGAUUUGUUAAGGA